AUGACCUGGGGUUUAGAGCUUUGGGAUCAGUUUGAUCUCAUUGCCAACCAUACGUCUUCUGGAAUCGAUUUCGUGGAAAAGGUAGCGAAGUUCGUGAAGGAAAGGUGUGAAAUCGAAUCGCGGUAUGCGAGGGACUUACGACAACUGGUAAAGAAAUUCAACCCAAAGAAGAAGGAAGAUGAACAUAUAUUUACUUUUCAAAAGGCUUUCAUUGGUGUCGUGAAAGAGACAGAUGAUGUGGCAGGACAGCAUGAGCUGAUAUCAGAGAGUUUAACUGAAAAGAUUUGGAAGGAAUUACAUUUAUUGCAUAAUGAACUUAAGACAGAGAGAAGAAAGCAUCUGUCUGAUGGUAAAAAAGUUCAAGAACAACUAGAACAGUCAAUAAAAGCUAUGGAAGUUAGUAAAAGAGCUUAUAUGAAGGCAAGUGAAGAAGCUGAGCAAGCCCUUCAAGCAUUCCAGAAAGCUGAUCAAGACAUGGCUAACUCUAGAUUGCAGAUUGAAAAGCACAAAAAUAUAUCGGUUGAGAAGGGCCAGGCAUGUGAGAGGGCAAAGGAUGAAUACAGAAACCAACUUCAACAGACAAAUAGCAAGCAAGCCUUACACUACAGCAAUGAAAUGCCAGCGGUGUUCGAUGAACUACAGAAAAUGGAUGAGCGAAGAAUAAAGAGAACUGGUGAAUUAUUAGAGGAGUAUGCAAAUAUAGAGGCCAAAGUUAUGCCUAUAAUACAAAAAUGUCUGGAUAACAUGAAGGACAAUGGAAAAUCAGUCAAUGGACAACAGGACAGCAAACUCCUGUGUGAUCAACAUAAAACUGAGUACAAGCCACCUCAAGAUAUCCAGUUUGAGGAAUAUGGCAGCAAACACACUCUCCCCAGACAGCCUGCUAGUGAAACCAAGGGCAAAAAAGGGAAGAGUAUCUUUACUGGAAAUAAAAAAAAGAAAAAGAAUGUUGAUAACGGAUUAGAUGGUAAUGAUCAAACAUUGACACCAGGACAGAAGAUUCGCACUUCUAAAAAGAAGGUGCAGCAGUUAGAGGCACAAGUGGCACAGCUCAAGAACUCCAGGGAGGGUAUGGAAAAAAUGAUUGAUGUGUACAGGCAGAAUCCUUCACUUGGUGACCCAGCCACUAUUGAACAAAACCUCAGUGAUAAUGCUAAGGAGCUGGAUGCUCUUAAUGUUGACCUCCACAGAUAUCAGUGCUACCUGGCUGCUUUGGAGAACAGAGAUGCCCCACCGCCUCCUGAGGUCUACUCGAAAACUGGCAGCUCCCAAUCACCACCGGCACCAAGCAGCAGUGUACCAGACGGGGCCCCAUCCAAUGUCCCUCCCCCUCCUGAACCUGCACCUGCACCUGCACCUCCCCCCGCUAUGUUAGUACCACCGGUUGAAGAAGAUGAUGAGUUUGAGGAAGACGAGCCUCACUGUCGAGUUAUUUACGAUUUCCAAGCAACAAAUGAUGGUGAACUCACCGUUGUUGAAGGAGAUGAGCUGGUUGUUUUGGAACAAGACACAGAUAACAGUGGUUGGACGAAAGUGUUAAAAGACGAUGAGGAAGGAUAUGUUCCGUCCACUUAUAUUGAAUAUGUGUAGGAGAAACAAUGUUCACAAAUUAGUGAGUGUAACACAACUAAAAUAAUAUUGAAUGGUUAAAAUUUUGGGAAAGUCCGUUGUCAAUAAGAAAAUGCGUCGUCAUUUUCACCGCUUUCGGUUUGUAAACAGUGAGAAAGACAGCAUUGUGGGUGAGGGGUUUGGUCCUCCAGCCCACCUCACCUCCUCCUCACCCC